AUGGUGACUCCUAAGGCACCUCCAAAAACAACACCACAUAGAAACAUACGCACACCUCAAGUUGAUCCAAUCCCAGCAAGGAGGAGCUCUACACGUACGAUAAAACGCAAGAAAUUUGAUGAUGAGAUGGUAGAAAGUAGUCUUUAUAAUAAAAUUGAUCGUCAAACACCAAGUCGACCAAAAAUACCAAGUCUUGUUCCUCUUGCAACUCCAAGUUCAUCCACCACUGCUAUGAUUAUUCCUGUUGAAAAAACAGAAGUUCCAGUUAUAGUUCCUGUAUUACCGGUAGUUCCCCCACCCCCUGUGGUCCCUGCCCCUCCAGCUCCUAUACCAGAGAAAAAGAUCAAUUUACCACCUGCAAAAAGCAGCUCAAGGGUGACAUCAUCUAAAGAUCUUGGUAGAUGGAAGGCUCAAGAUGAUCUGUUACUAAUCAACGCUGUUCAACAAUGUAAUGAUUUAAGUCUAGUUCACACUGGAGUCAAAUUUUCCUGUCAUUUUACUCUAAAAGAAAUACAGGAACGAUGGUAUGCUUUACUCUACGAUCAACAAAUAUCAAAACUAUCAAUACAGACUAUGAAGAUGUUACACCCAGAUAUCAUCGGCCAAGUUCAAGCUAAAGCUCUAUUUAGUAAUAGAGAGGAAGAAUUACUAGGAACAAUUCCCUCGACCAAGAAUCCGUCCAUUGAAAGAUUUCAAGACCUGGUAAACGAACAUCCAGAAGAUUUCUACCCACUGAGAACACCUAAAGCUCUUCACACUCAUUGGCUACUUUUAAAACAAUAUCACUUACUUCCCGACCAAUCAGUACAACCAAUGCCAAGAGGAGAUCAUAUUUUAAAUUUUUCUGAUGCAGAAGAUGCUAUUCAUGAUGAAGAGUUACUGGAGCCAAAAGAUGAAGCUGUGGAAAAAGAAUUAAUGGUAGCUGACAGAAGAUGUAAGAAAGAGAUUCGACAUUUAGAAGAAGAAAUGCCUAAGUUACAAUGUCUAGUGGACAAUGUUACAGGAAUCAGCCCUCCUGAUUUUGACAACCAAACUCUGGCUGUAUUAAGAGGAAGAUUAGUUAGAUAUCUGAUGAGAUCAAAAGAGAUUACCCUUGGAAGAGCAACUAAAGAUACCAAUGUAGAUGUAGAUCUAUCUCUAGAGGGACCAGCAUGGAAAAUCUCCCGACAACAGGGUGUCAUCAAACUAAGGCCAUGUGGUGAUUUCUAUCUAGCUAACGAAGGAAAGCGUCCGAUCUACGUAGAUGGGAAACCAAUUAUUAAAGGCAAUAAACAAAAAUUAUUUCAUAAUUCAGUGGUUGAGAUUUCCAGUUUACGGUUUAUUUUUCUAAUCAAUGAAGAACUCGUCAAGACAAUGAGGACAGAAAUACCCAAAUUAAUACCAAACAUUACUUGAUGUUCUAGUACUUUGUAGUCUUGUUCAUCUUUUAUACACUCAUUGUGAAUAAACAUAUUUUUCAUUAAG